AUGGUCGCCGCCGUGGUGAACUACCCGCUCGUCGCGGGGCUCCUCGCCUUCGCGGUCGCGCAGUCCGCCAAGUUCUUCACCACCUGGUAUAAAGAGAAACGUUGGGAUGCCAGGCAAUUUAUAGCUUCUGGAGGGAUGCCAUCAUCACAUUCAGCCACAGUGACAGCACUUGCAGUGUCUGUUGGAAUCCAAGAAGGCUUUCGUAGCGCCACAUUUGCAACUUCAGUGAUACUUGCAUGUGUGGUGAUGCAUGAUGCUUUUGGUGUUCGGUUACACGCUGGAAAACAAGCAGAGGUGUUAAACCAAAUUGUCUACGAGCUGCCUAUAGAGCAUCCGCUGGCAGAGACAAAGCCAUUGCGUGAGAUUCUUGGGCACACAGUCCCUCAGGUGGUGGCUGGUUGCAUCCUUGGAAUCCUCACGGCUGUGGUCAUGCUCUUAGCUCUGGGGAGAGGCAAUAUUUGA